AUGGAAGAAACUUCUGUUAUUUCUCCAUGGGUGAAUUUAAAUCUCCCAGAUGUUAUACUAAACAAUUUAAAUGAAGUUAAUUUUGUAAAACCAACAAAAAUUCAGGAGUUGGUUAUACCAGCAGCAAUACGUGAUCAUCUUGAUAUCUUGGGAGCAGCUGAAACUGGUUCUGGAAAAACUAUGGCUUUUGCAAUUCCAAUGGUAUGCCGAUUAUUAGAAGCAGAUUUGUCUAUUAAACAUUUACGUGGAUUGGUUUUGGUACCAACACGCGAAUUGGCAGUUCAAGUAAGAAAACAAUUUGAUAUUGUAACAAAAGGAACUAAUAUUAAAGUAGCUCAGGUUACUGGCGGGUUAUCUCAACAAAAACAAGAAAGAAUACUUCGUUCUAGUCCUCAUAUUAUUAUAGCAACUCCUGGUAGAUUUUGGGCACUUGUAAAAAUAGCUAGAAUUGAUGGAUUUCUUUCAACAUUUGAGCAUAUAGAAAUGUUUGUAAUAGAUGAAAUUGAUAGAAUGGUUGAACGUGGACAUUUUGAAGAAUUAGAACAUAUAGUAGAAGGACUAAAAAGAGACGUCAAUGAACGAAGACAAACUUUAGUUUUUUCUGCAACAUUAACUUUCAUUCACACAGCACCUAAGCGUGAAGGAAAAAAAAUGGCUCAACUUACAACUCAAGAUAAAAUUAAACAACUAGUAACACUUUCUGGAAUGAAAAAAAAUAAAAAGAUUAUUGAUAUUACAAGAGUAGAGGGGACUGCAGAAAAUUUAGUUGAAAGUAGAAUGAACUGUAAUAGUUUGUUAGAUAAAGAUACUAAUGUAAUUUAUUUAUUGAAAAGAUAUCCUGGAAGAACACUUAUUUUUACAAAUUCUGUUGAUGCAUCAAAAAGAUUGUAUGGAAUAUUAACCAAGCUUAAAUUUAAUCCUAUACCUUGUUUACUUCAUGCAAAAAUGGAUCAAAAAGCACGUUUGAAAAAUCUUGAACGUUUUUCAGAGAUUGAAAAUUCUAUAUUAAUUGCAACUGAUGUUGCUGCAAGAGGUCUUGAUAUUAAAGGAGUAGAACAUGUUAUACAUUAUCAGGUUCCAAAUACUACAGAAUUAUAUAUACAUCGAUCCGGAAGAACAGCUCGUGCUUUUUCACAUGGUAUUACAGUAUUAAUGGUUGAUGAAUUAUGUGCAUCAAAAUAUCACAGAAUUCAAAAAAGUUUAGGAAGAAAAGAAGAACUUCCUAUAUUUCCAAUAGAUUCAGAUGAACUUAAGGAAGCGAUUAGAGCUAGAGUAGAACUUGCCACUGAGUCAGAGUCUUUAUUACAUAAAGUCAAAAAAACUACAUCAAAAGAAAAUUGGUUUAAGAAAGCUGCAAGAGAGGCAGACAUUGAGCUUGAUGAGACGAUUAUUGAUCAAGAAGAUUUAUAUAAUGAUAAAGAUUAUCAAAUACAAUUAAGGAGAAAAAAUGUUGAUAGAGCUUUACUACGCCUUUUGAAAGAAGAGUUACCAAAAGUAAAUGAUAAAAAUAUAAAGGCUCGUGUUAUAACACCAGAAAUUAUUAAAGAGUAUAAAAAUACACAAAUUUCAACAGCUAUUGAGUCAUUUUCAAAGGCUCGCAAAGGUGAUGUUGAUUUUAAAAAGAAGAUGCAUAAAUUAGAUCAUUCUACAAUUAGAAGAAUUAAUAAAAAUGUUAAAUUAAAGAUUAAAAAGAAAAAAAAGUAG